GGCUUUUAUUGUGACAGCAAGACUUUUACCCGGAAAAAAAACCCUACUGAUAGAAGCAAAACAUUGAUCGUCUGUAAAGUCCAAGGUCCAGGUAGCUGACUUUGUGAUGUUGAGGAGUGUAUACAGGUGCCUUAGGACCAAUCCUGUCGCUGGACAGAGGAGCAUGUCUCAGAGCAGUCUUGCUGGAAAGAUAGCCAUAGUCACAGCCUCAACAGAUGGAAUCGGCCUGGCUGCAGCUCAGGCUCUGGGAAAGAGGGGAGCGCAUGUGGUGGUGAGCAGCCGGCGGCAGGCCAACGUGGACCAAGCCGUCGCUCUGCUGCAGAGCCAGAGCAUCCAGGUGACCGGGACCACCUGCAAUGUUGGCAAGGAAGAAGACAGAGAAAAACUGGUUCAGCUGACUCUGGAUCAGUGCGGGGGGAUCGAUAUCCUGGUAUCAAACGCAGCGGUCAAUCCGUUCUUUGGAAACAUAAUGGACACAUCAGAGGAAGUUUGGGACAAGAUCAUGGCUGUAAAUGUGAAAUCAGCAUUCCUCAUGACGAAGCUGGUGGUGCCUCACAUGGCCCAGAGAGGAGGUGGUAACGUGGUGUUUGUGUCUUCUGUGGCGGGAUACCAACCGAUGCCGGGUCUCGGUGCUUACAGCGUGAGUAAGACAGCUCUGCUGGGUCUGACCCGGGCUCUGGCUCCUGAGCUGGCCCAAGAAAACAUACGAGUCAACUGCGUGGCCCCCGGAGUCAUCAAGACACGCUUUAGCUCCUCGUUAUGGAAGAAUGAAGACAUCAUGGAUGGUUUCAAACAGAAUAUGAGUAUUAAAAGAGUCGGAGAACCAGAGGAGAUCGGAGGAGUGAUCGCCUUCCUGUGCACUGACGAGGCUUCUUACAUCACGGGAGAAACCGUCACAGCUACUGGAGGGAUCGGCUGUCGACUCUGAGCAGUCCCCAACAAAACCAUUAAAAGGGCACUUGAUCGGUUCCACUCCUGUUUAUUGAUACUGGCAGAUGAUUGUGUUUCUUUGAAGAUGUAGUGUUGUAGUCAAGACCACACUAACCAAGACCAAGACUUACCCGAGACCGGAGCGCUCAAAGACCGAGACGUUAAGGGAUCGAGACCAAGUCAAGACCAAGACCAUAAAUACCACUGAAGAAUCCUCAUCUUGUGUGCAGCGGGAGUGACACUCAUGGGAAUGUUGCUGCCGUAACCGUGGGAUACAAAUCAAACUGCGAAUGAAUUGAAGAUACGUGUUCUUUUAGAAAGAGGCGUUUUCCUUCUGAUCACAGUGGAGGUCUUGAUUUAAAAUCCUGACUCACUCAGCCCAGUCCGAGACCGAGACCUUCAAAAAGUGGUCUUGAGACCAAGACCGAUUUUGAAUACUACAAAAAACAAAAAUGUAUAAUUAGUUUUUCCAAAUAUCUGUGUACAGUAACAGGAAGUAUCAACUGUGAUGUUAUUUUUUACAUUUUAUGUGAUAAGCUGAUUUCUAAAUAAACGGGAUGUUUUAUUUUUAAUGAUCUUCAGUCACUGUUUGACGGCAGAAUGAUCGAAAACGUACUUGAAUCAAACAUUUUUAUCUUUGAAGGAUCAUAAUAAAAUUGAAAAAUAUACAA